GCCACGAUGGCCACGAUGAGUACUGCCAAUGUGGCAAGUCAAAACAGCCAUCUGUUGUCUGCUGAGAAGCUUCCAUCUUGGGCAGACAUAUCAUCCUUGUCGGAUGAAGAGCUGUUUGCCCUAUACGAUUCAUGCGAGCAGAGAUUUCCUCAGCUAUCCAGUGUCAAUUUCAAAUCUGUCUGUCGGAUAGCGUCUGAUGCUGUGAUGAAAGCUGGUGGAAUUAUGCAACACGUCGAACCAGUCACCAUGAGCCUCGUUCGUGGGUCAACUACGAUUCUCCUCCCCACUGUCCUGCGUUCUUUGAAUGCGAAUGGACGUCUCGGCUUUAUCAUGGAUUAUAUCCCAGGUCAGACGGUUGCACAGUGCUGGAGCCGUCUAGGCUUGUGGCAGCGCUUCCGCCUCUGCUGGACGAUCCGUGGCUACAUCAGACAACUCCGGCGGGUCGUGAUCCCCGGCAUAACCCGCAGUGAACUGUUUCCAGGGCCCAUAGGCGACGAGCCCCAGCUUUGUUACGGGCCUAUGUUCUCUCACGACUAUGGCGGAGGCCCGUUCGCCUCUUAUGAAGAACUCACGACAUGGUUUAUGCACAAGUUGGACGUGAACCGAAACAUCAGGAAGACUCCCACGGAAGACAUCACAUUCGACUCCUCGUUACCCCUCGUCCUUACCCAUCUCGACAUUUCUCCGCACAAUGUCGUCGUCGACAAUAACUCCCGUAUCUGGUUGAUCGAUUGGGAAUUUGCAGGAUUCUAUCCCCAGUGGUUUGAGUACGUUGCAAUGCGGAGCACUUGGGAGAUAGCUGGUAGAUGGAAGCGCUGGAUUAUCGGUUUCAUGGCUGGGUUCUACGAACGUCAAACCCGUUUCAUCUCCGAGAUCGGCUGGGCUAUUGGUACAGGACAUUUCUUGUGAUACCCAUAUAACUAUCGCGACACUACUUCAACUAGCAAUUGAUAUCUACAGAUCGGAGAAACGCAGUGUUCUAACCGAUUCAGAUAGAACUCACUAAUAAAAUUCUCCUCGCCGGAGGGGAAGAGGGAUCUUGCCGGGUUGCAGUCUCGCCUGCUCUGCGUGGAAAUCUUGCAGCUUCGCCACCGCUCCGUCCUCGACAAGACGAGCAUUCUGCAGCUGCUGGAGUACAUUCCAAAUCCAAAACAAACACCCCGAACCAGAGGCGUCGAACUUGUAGCGAUCCAUGCGGUUGGAGACGAUCAGGUCGAUAACUUGGCGAACCGUGAGUCCGUCCACUGAAGCUAUGGGAAGCUCGAUCUUGAUGAGUGCGUUUGAAUGCGCGUUGUCCUUGCUCGCGAUGAUCAGGUUGCCAAAGGGAGGGUUUGUCGGUACCAUGUCCAAGAGAACGGCACGGCUCGUAGAAAC